AUGGACCUCGACCUCGACCUCGACGCGCUGUGGAAGCGCGCGUCCGCGGUCGCGUCCGACGCGGCAGCCGCCGCGUCCGCGCAGGCGGACGCGCUCUCCCGCGGCGACUUCGCGUCGACGGUGAAGUCCGUCUUCGACGAGAUCCGCGCCAACACCGUCGCCACCGCCGAGGCCGCGGAGGGUCACCUCCGCGCGGACGCCGCGCUCGCCGCGCUCGGGAGCGGGCGCGCGCUGAGCGCGAACGUCGACCCGAGCGCGUACGGCGUCACGCCCGAGUUCAUGACGUUCGUGGGCGCGCUCACGCCGGAGACGUUCGCGUCGUUCCCGCUGGAGGAGGAGGAGGAGGAGGAGGAGGAGGAGGAGGACGACGCGGAUGAUCCACGGUGGACGAUCACCGCGUUCCGAGAGACGCACGCGCGGUUGGUCAUGCGCGACGUCCCGGCGGCGAACGACGUUCGAAGACGCCUGAUAUCCACCAACGCGAUGAGCGACGCGAAUUACUGGCGCGCGUACUUCGCGCUGUGCGCGAACAAGCUCGCGGACGCGGAGAGGGCGCACGACGCGAGGAUCGCGGAGGCGCGCGAGGCGCGCGAGAGGUUCAGACGCGAAGCCGCGGCGGCGGCGGCGGCGGCGGGACCGAGGGCUGGCGAUGGAGGAGGAGAAGGAGGAGGAGGAGAGGGUGGCGGCGACGCGGACGGCCCCGCGGCCGCGGCGGCGGCGCUCGCGGCGGAGAUGGCGGCCGCGUACGGCGACGACGACGACGACGACGCCGGCGGCGACGGCGGCGGCGGCGCCGGCGACGGCGCGCUGCCGGCGGCGGCGGGCGAAGACGCGGAGGAGGCGGCGAAGAUCGGCGAGGAAGUCGCGGAGGACCUCGAGGCGUACCUGCGGGACAUGCUCGUUGACGGCGGCAGCGACGAGGACGAGGACGACGAGGACGAGGACGAGGACGGAGGGUCCGGCGUGGACGUCGCGGCGUUGUUGGAAGAAGAAGGCGACGGCGACGGCGACGACGACGGCGGCGACGACGACGAAAAAGAUUCCGGGUGGCUCGUCGAGCCAAGGAAGGCGCCGUGA